ACACACACACACACACUCACAGAGAGAGAGGGAGGGAGUUUCGUAACUUAGGGAAGUUUUGUGGAGCCAUCGAUCACUGGAGCGUCUUGUUUUUUCUGAGCCCGAUGUCAGUGACACAACGUCGCCUGCGUCACUUUUUCUGCGGAGUUGCCUAAUUGAGUCUCUCUCUGAGAGGGAGCCUUUGCCGUUCAGCAAGGCAGCUGUGAAACUACCGUCUCUCCUCCAGGAAUAGACUGUAUACUCCAUCCGAGAAGUACGACACCGACGCUGUAAAUUGGUUUUUACACGACCUGACAAACUGUCGGACGGACAAAAUUGGCUGUGUGAGAAAGAAGAGCCUCUGGUGGAGAUGGCUAAAAGUAGAGAGGAGGAGAAGAUGUGGUAGAAAAUGAGCCUGGCCUGUGCAGCCAUGCUGAUGUAUGAUUACCCUCUGAAGACAGACAUGGAGACGUCAUUCUACUCCUCGUUAGUGAAAACACCGGAGCCAUACGGAGUGAUCUUCUCCCACCCCACCCACCUCUACCACCCAACGCACAUGCAUGCCUUCACCCAGUCCCACACCCCCAGCAACCCCACACACACCCAGAUGGAGCCCGUGGACCUGUCAGUCAGCAAGCGCACCUCCUCCACCUCUUCUUCCUCCUCCCCUCACCGCUCCUCCACCUCCUCCCCGGCCUCCUCACGCAGCUCCCCGCCUUCCCCAUACAGCUCGGCGAGCCGCGCCUCCCCCCGCUGCUCCCCCCAACACUCCCAGCUGCGCUCCUCGCCACCCACUCCCACACUUCCAUACCCCACCAUGGUGUCUCCCCUGAUUGGCACGGGCUCUGGGGUCAUCCAGGGGUCAGGGGUCAUGUUGUCUCCAGUCAUGGUGCCUCUGUCCGUCCUCUACUCCUCGCCUCUCCACCUGCAUCAGCAGAUAAUGGUGAGCCCACCUGUUGCCAGUGACGACGACCAUCAUCGAAGCAGGGAGCAGAAGACAGUUCACUCUACGAAGCCCCUGGAGCUGCGAGGCGACGCCCACGACCUGCACAAGCCAAUCAAAACAGAGCCUCGCCAUGAGCUCGCUCAUGACCUCCAUAGCAGCCACGAGAUGAAAUCAUCAGUGAUCAGGAUACCACAGGAAUACGGGGGGAACAACCCAUCAGUAAUAGUCCAUUCGGGCACACAGCAUCCUCUCCCCGCCGAUUCUCCUGACACACUGAAAAAGCGGCGAAUUCACCGCUGCGACUUCGCCGGCUGCAACAAAGUGUACACCAAGAGCUCCCACCUCAAAGCACACCGCAGGACACACACCGGUGAAAAACCCUACAAGUGCAUGUGGGAAGGCUGCACGUGGAAGUUCGCCCGUUCAGACGAGUUGACGAGACACUUCCGCAAGCACACAGGAGUCAAACCGUUCCAGUGCCCCGACUGUGAACGCAGCUUCUCCCGUUCCGACCACCUGGCUUUGCACAAGAAACGCCACCUCCUUGUGUGAAACCCUCCACCGGGCAACUUGAAAGAAACUCUGUGCUGGUUUUAAUCUUGGACUGUACCACUUUGACUUGAGGGAGAGAUUUUAAAGAGCUGGCCUUACACAUUGGACUCCGACAGCGGGUGGGGGAAAUGUUCCCCAGGGUGCAAGUUUAGACCCUUUCACCUCAUUAGUCUAAAUAUGAGCUGGUGUUAGCCUGCCAAUCAUCUAACCACCACACCAUCCGUCAGUUAUUGAUCCUGUCUGCAGCUUUAUCAUCAGCUCAUUUUGACAUUAUAAUAGAAAUAAGGUUGUUGCACCAGACCUCGGAUCAGCUGCGGGAGGUCCAGACACUUUUUAAAAAGAGGCUGCAGCAUCUCAGCUGGCCUGAGAGCAGCGCCCUCAUGUGGCCGCGGAACCAAACUGCAUCCGCUCUGUUUAAGCCACAGACACACACGGCAUGCUCAAACUUCAUUUUUGCAACAUCAACUCUCAUUUCUCUGCAUGCAUUCCCGUAAAGAUUGUGGACUUCGACACACACACACACACACAUACACACACACACGUUAUUUGCUAGCUAGGCCAAUAUAAUGUGAAACUUUCCAGAAUGUAUCAGAUCACACCUACUGUGCACCGUGUCUUACAUAGGCCUACUUCAGCUUUCUUUGGUCAGCACAGCUACCUGCGACAUAACGCUAAUGCUAACUCCUCCUUCACGGACCACCACAAUAAAACACACCACACCUCAUCUGCCUCUACAAGCUUACAUUAUGAAGUGACUUUAAGAAACAACAGGUAGCUAAUACUUGCUUUCUCUGCACUUAAUAAAAGCAGCUCAGCCUCGGUCUGCUGCGCUUUUGGUAUUUGGGUUAAAAAAAAAGGGGGUCUGUCUGGGUCUCGUUUCUUGUCAGAGUGAAGUGUUUUUUUAUGUUUUCAUUCAGAAAUGUGAAAGUUGCUGCACAGGGGCAUUAUUGUGUUAGUGAGGAAAAAACGACACCACUCGGUUGGUUUAAGGGUAGAAGCAAUGAAAUGUCUUAUGUCUUACCAAUGUCUUAUAUCGAGUUUAUAUGAACUAUUGUUUGGUAGCUUUUUUAUCGUAUGACACUUUUAUAUGGGAAAAAUACAAAGUGAAAAGCAGGGAAAUUUUCUCUUUAAUUUUUAAUUUUCAGGAUGAGUUUUAUACCAGCCCACCCUAUAGGAUAUGUAAUUUGAAAGAAAAUGCCAUUUAAUUGAAAAAAGGUCCUUAAUUGAAAGUCAUAAGAUUUUUUAAAUGCCACCACUAUUUUACUUUCUGUUUUUACAGCUUCUGGAGAACAAAAUAGUUUUGUUUGUAUAGCGUCUUUGUACAUGUGUCCAAUGUGCACUUUAUAUAUAUAGGUUUUAUAUAUAUAUAUAUAUAAAACAUUCCCAAAGCCAAACAUUUUUUAAUCACAUCAGUUUUUUCUACUCAAAGAUCUGCUGGUCAGUUUGAUCCAAAACAUUUAACAGGUCUUGAUUUGUUAUUUUCUAAUCAUGUAAUGUCAGAAGAAGGUGUGACCCCUUUCUUUUAUUCACAUGUACACACACACACACACACACCGACUGUAGCGGCUCAACUGAUCUGCAUUUGCCCCUGGAUAUUCUCUGCGGUUUUUGCUUGUAAAUGUUUUUGUAUCUCUGCAAAUGUAAGUUGUAAUAUAUAUAUUUUAUAAUUGAUUAUUAGACUGAAAGGGCAAUUAAAGGUUUUUAUUAAGCAUGAUUUUGAUACCCUCAUAAUAAUGGGUAUAAACAUUUCUAUAAUGUUGUGUCUAUAAUAAACCCUAUCUCUUUUUAAUCUAAACGUUGGCAAUUCAAAGGGAACAUGUUAAACUGUGAACAUAUAACUGUACAGGUCUCUCAGCAAUUUAGCAUUUAUUUUAAAACAGAAUAUUCAUACCACUUAAUAAACUUAUUGAUAAUA